CCUCUCCAAGCUAGCAACUGCCGUCUCUCCAGUCGCGACUGAGUUUAACCACGACGCUGCUGCCAUCGGACCGAAACAUCAUGGGGUCCUGGCAUACAAUAGUUAUAGGACUUACCUUUGCCUGCUCGGCAAUCUCUCUGCCACAGAACUACUACAACUAUAACUACAAUUACGAUGACUACGAGAGAGGAAGGGUCGCAUACAUUAGGAGGCUGGAGGAGGACGUGGAGAGGACGGCGCGGUCUGGCAGAGCGGCGGACGCCCUCGUCCUAGAGGACCGGUUAGAGGACUCCAUCCUGGAGCACGCCAGAGACGAUGUCGCCAGGGACUCCCAAGACCCUGCCAGAGCAGCCAGGGACCUCAGGGAGUUACAGGACGAGUGGAGGAGGGAUAAGCGUGCCGUCGACUUCAUCUCCGGCCUCGUCGGCUCUAGCAGCGGGGGAGGCGGACACGCGGACGGUGGAGGUGGCGGGUCGGGUUCCGACUCAGGAUCCAUCCUCAACCUUGUGGGGCCUCUCCUAGGGUCCAGUAGUGGGGGCAGUAGCGGCGGCGGAGGUGACGAUGGGUCAGGAGGUGGUGGAGGAGGUUCUGGGUCAGGGUCAAUCCUGAACCUGGUCGGACCCCUACUAGGAUCUAGCAGUGGCGGAGGGGGCGGCGGCGGAGGUGACGGUGAAGGAAGCAGUGCAGGAGGCUCGGACUCCGGGUCAAUCCUGAACCUCGUCGGACCUCUGCUGGGGUCCAGCAGUGGAGGCGGUGGUGCGGGUGCCGGUGGUGCUGGAGGUGAUGCAGGGUCAGGCUCUGGCAGUAUCCUCAGCUUGGUAGGACCACUCCUGGGCUCCAGCAGUGGCAGUAGUGGGGGUGGAGGUGGUGGGGACGGCAGUUCAGCUGGUGGUAGCGACCUCAGCUCCAUCUUGGGUCUCAGCAACAGUAGUGGGGGCGGCAGUGGGGGCAGCGGAGGCGGUGACCACGCUGGAGGCGGUGCAGGCAUCGGUGGCGCCGUCAAUGCAGUCAAAUUUGGUUUCUUGCAAGACAAAAUCCAACUUUUGCUUAGGCUAAAGUUUGGAGUUUUGACGAAGAUUCUGAAUUCGCUCUCCGCGGCCUUGGCAGCCGCCAGCAACCCGACGCACGUUCCUAUUGACCAACUCAAAUAUCCCGACCACUAACUUGUUUCCAUGUCCUCCCUACCCUACCAAUCCUAAACCACUUUCCAAUUCACCCUUUUACUCCUCAACGCCUUUAUACCCCCAACCAACAAACUGGUUGGAAACUGUCCCAAUACUAUCUCUUACAAUCCUAAACUGUCCCAAUAAUAUAUCUUACAAUAAUAAACUGUCUCAAUACUAUCUCUUUCAAUCCUAAACUGUAACCAAUACUAUCUAUUACAAUCCUAAACUGUCCCAAUACUAUCUAUUACAAUCCUAAACUGUCUCAAUACUAUCUCUUACAAUCCAAAACUGUCUCAAUACUAUCCCUUCCAAUCCUAAACUGUCCCAAUACUAUCCCUUCCAAUCCUAAACUGUCCCAAUACUAUCUCUUACAAUUCUAAACUGUCCCAACAAUGUUUCUUACAAUCCUAAACUGUCUCUAUCCUAUCCCUUCCAAUCCUGUACUUCCUUCAAACUUUUAUAAAAGCACAGGCAUCUUACAAGCAAAAAUCCUCAAAGCCAAAAUGUUGUACUUUAUCUUUCACAAUUUAUUUCGUAACUCUUCAUUCUUCCUUAGCCUCAAUUUCCUUCCAUUUUCCUAAUACCUUCCAACUAUUUAUUGUAGUAAAUUAUUGCAGACUAUUGUAUUAUAAUGACGCGCUCUUAUUGUAUUUUCAUUAUUGCUCAGAAUUAUUGUAAUUAAGCUGGUUUUUUUACUUAUCGUCGUCAUUCAUUUGUAUAUUACCAUUGUAUCAAAAUCGCCAUUUUUACGGUUAGAAAUAAAUAUAUUUUACGGUGUAGUC